AUCGACGUCCACCUUCGUCGGGAAUAACAGGCCUACAGCUUUAUACCCGCUAACUCGUGGUUAGCGAGGAGGGCGUCGGAAUCGUGAUAUUGUCUCAGCCGCAACCCCUCUUUCUUCUUUUCUAUCAUCAUGUCAAAACAGCUGGGCCCGCUGAGCCAGGAGUCGAAGCAGUGCCAGCACUGUUACAAGCCCGAGUCACCCCCUGCCUUCAAGCUUCUCAGUUGCUCGAGCUGCCAUCGAGCACAUUAUUGUAACAAAGAAUGCCAGAAGAAUGACUGGCCGAAGCAUAAAGUACUAUGCAAGGUGAAUACGGAGACAAGAUCGCGUCUGAAAGAGGAUAGGAGAAAAGGAGAGGUUGGGCUGCCAUUGGGCAGCGUUUCCCUGGAUGCAAACACUAUCGAGAGCAAGCUGAAGCUCUUCCUUCAGAUCCAUAAAGCUGGCUUAUGCUGGGCAUUUAUACAAGCCCUUGAGUUGCGCGACCACCCCUCUAGGAUCGACACCCAUCUCUUGUACGUGCACCUCGAACCCACUUUUACCGCGAAACCGUCCUCGUCCGCCGACCCUGCCAAGCUCUUCCGCCUCUCUUCCACUAUGCUCUCUACCUACGACGAAACUUUCGACUACCUUGCGUCCGAUCCAGCAGUGAUCCGCCGUAUGGGACCGGUGCAUGAGCAGAUUGCCGCCAUCAGAGCAGAGUCUGCGGCUCUUAAAGCCAAGGGCGGUAUGGGGAUCGGCGUGGAGCUGAUUGCUUGUGGACCGAUGAUGCACGUCAUGCCCGUGGGUCUUCCAGACGGCGAUUUGGAAGGUGUUGAUCUCAGAAAGGAUUGGGAGUCUGUGUUGGCGGGGACCUUUGAGAGAGGCUUGCGCCUCUAAGUGGCUUCGUUCGGACUACCAUUCGGUGUGUGCGGUUUUCGAAGUGACAACGUUUGUACAUGGCUUAGCUGAAAUUAUGGAACUGAUGUAUCUUGGCCGAACCGUCGGAUAGAAAUCGUGACCAGCCUGUCAGCCAACC